UGGACCCGGUUACCAUGGAGGAGGUCAUGGAUGUGGGCCUGGGAAUUCUACAAUUUACCCUGUAGGCCCCCUGCUUCAUUCAAAGGCACCACGAGACAGUGGAUCCGAGCCAUGAGCUGUACGCGUCCUUUCCACGGAGCAGACUUUAGCCACAGCCUCUUCUACCUGACUUUACUUCUGUGGACCAGGCGCAUGAGUGGACUGGCUGACUUUUCAAACUACCUGUCCCGCAUCAUCACCAGUCACUCUGCUCAGGCGUGUGACGGACAGCCCCUGCGACUGUACUGCCCGCGUCACUCCACCAUCUCCAUCCAGUUCGCCUUCUACGGGAGCGGCGUGGCGCCGGCGUGCAGAUCCGACCCGGGCCCCCCGCUCGCCGCCCACAACCACAGCUGCUCCUCUUUCACGGCCCUGCAGAAGCUGCUGUCGGAGUGUCAGAGCCACCGAGAUUGCCAGCUGCCUGUUAACCACCUUCUGUUUGGGAGGGACCCCUGUCCCGGCACCACCAAAUACCUCCACGUGGACUACAAGUGUAAACCAACUGAACACAAAAGGCAUGUGGUGUGUGAGGGGGAGACGAUGACCCUGCGCUGUAAGCCCCCCAAGGUUCUGAACAUCUAUGCAGCUGUCUAUGGGAGAAAUCUGGGCCAGACUUCCACCUGCCCCUCACACCUGACGAGACCACCCCCAUUCGAGUGUCUGAACCACGAGGCCGUGCAAGUGGUGUCCGCGUCCUGCUACGGCAAACAGAAGUGUGCGGUUGCCGUUAGCAACCAGACCUUCAGAGACCCCUGUUUUCCAGGAACCAGGAAGUACCUCAGUGUGGUCUAUUCUUGUGUAGUACCACAGUCGUUGCUAAGGGAGGCAGACCCUGACGCGUUCGCCUCCACUUCAUCUCCUCCCGUGGACACAGAGAAAGCUGCUCCUGGAGAUCCGCAGGGCUCUUUCCCCAAAGGGUCGAGGAGGCCCCACAACUCGGGAGCCGUGAUGAGCAGCUCCCUCCUGACCUAUGGCUACAUCAAAGAGCAUCCAGAAAUGGCCGCACUGCUGUUCACCUCCAGCGUGUGCGUCGGCCUGAUGCUCACGCUGCUUGCCGUGUCCGUCCGAGUGACCUGCAGAGGCCGCCAGACUAAAGGUGACGGGCACGCGGCCGCUCCUCGCAGCCCGGCCGCGGACCGCCGGGAGGAGGACGACAGUGAUGGUGAGGACGAGGAUGAAGAAGAUGAGGACGAUGUCGGUGAGCGAACCGGGAGCACUUUGAUCUCAGCGGGGGAAAGGAGGGCCAUGCGCGGCUGGGAGGAGGUGACUCAUGUGAGCGAGGCAGCGGAACUGGCGGAGAGGAUUGAGCGCAGGGAGAUGAUCAUACAGGAGAUCUGGAUGAACGUGUACCCCAAUGGCAGCUCGUGUUGAGUAGACUGGGACCAAUCAAUGCCGCUCAGCACCUUCUGGAUUUGUUCAGGAGUCACCGCAGCAGCUCUUGCUUUUUUUUUUUUUUUUACCGUAUAAAGCUUUGAAAGUGUUUUGCAAGUUUUCAGGGGGGGAGUCAGUUUUAGGAAAAAUAUGUUCGGAUAAAACUGCAGCACCAGCCAUCGUCGAAGGAUUGCAGUUUCAUGACACUAAAAGGCUGAAUCUGUAGACAAUUAUUUAGAGACUGUGGAUUAAGGCCUAUUUUGGUAGAUAGAGGUUUAAUCUAAGCAUCCAGGAAAAUAGGUUUAUUUAAGUGACGCAUACGGUUUUCAUUAAGUCCUGUUGCUUAUGUGGGAGGAUCUGAGACCAAGAGGGUGAAUGGUGACAACAUCAGCAUCUUAAGGACAAUUCAUAGUUAGUGGGAAUGGGUUUUAACAAAAGAGACUCAAACCAGUUUAAUUUAAUAUAAAGUGAAGUUUCCUUUAACCAUAAACCAAUGACAUCCAAACUAUGCUUAAGAAUGAUAAAGUGUAUAUCAGUAAGGCUCUUGUAGACAGUGAUCUGACAUGUAUAGCUAAUUGUUAUGGCUGCAGCUUUCGUUAGGUCAUUAUGUAAAACUCACAGUAGAUGACAUUAAUUGGAACACGCAGCUUUUGAUAUUAGAUGUUAGUGGGCACAAUAUUGUAUACACAUUUGUGACUACCUUAAAUAAUAUAUACCUUUUAAUAUUCUUUAUCCCUUAAAUCAGCAGCUGUAUUGAACUACAAUAAACUAUAGACCAAAGAAGGUGUUGGGGAACAGUUACAAAUGUCUAAAUGAACCAUGAAACACUGGUGAUCUGGGUUUUAACUCCAGAAUACUUUAAAUCAUGGAAAAUGUCUGGAUUAAACAUAGAAAAAGAUUUGAAAUAUCAUUCAACUCUGCAGGAUUUUAAUUUUUUUCUUCUCUGAUUCACUGCAUUGACUGUCAACAGUUGCACAAGGUGAAAUUAAACUCUCUCUGUUUGAACUCUACAACUUCCUCGUGCCUGCUGGGACAAAAGCUGGAACAACCAUUUACUAUGUUGCAACGUCCUGCCUCAGAGCAGUAAGGACUUUCAAUGGCGUGUGUGUGUGUGUGUGUGUGCGUGCGUGUGUGUAACUGACCAGGGACAAAGAGAGGAAAGGUGUAGCAUCCUUGUCCUUGCACUACCAUGUAAAACAGUGUUCCU